AUGGCUUCCUCAAGGAAAAUCUUGAAGGAGUUGGACGAGAAUAGAAAACACGAACGAGUUGCAUACUUCGAGCUGUGGGUCAGCUACGCUCUUGAUAACGACCCCACGAAUGCAACACUGUUUCGGAACAAGUACGACAAGAGCGGUGACGAAGGACGCAACAAUAUAGUUGGUAACAUACGAACGUACUUCUCUCUGAAAAUUCAAACAGCACCCAUGUCAUUCCGGCAGGCAGUCGCCGAGGCAUUUGACGUUAACUAUCUGAAUCAGCGCCACGGUUGGUUGAGUAUUUGA